AUGGCGGACGUAAAAGACCAAAAAGAUCACAUCAUGGCCGGCUUCACCGAAGAAAGUCUGAACAAAAGAUUGAGACACCUUAAUUCUUCCCAGCUGAGCAUACAGACACUAUCCCUUUGGUUGAUUGGCCAUAGGGAUUAUGCUCACACUGUCGUCAAGAUUUGGUCCAGAGAAAUAUUGACAGGCUCAGAAUCUAAACAAUUGAUAUUAAUGUACCUGGCCAAUGAUAUUAUUCAGAAUGACAAAAAGAAUGGUACUGAAUAUGGGAAAGAGUUUAGCAAAGAACUGACCAAAGCAUUUAAGCAAAUAUCAUUAAGCAACUGUUCCUCAAGGACCAGACAGAAAUUGACACGAUUGUUAAAUAUAUGGGAAGAAAGAGGUGUUUACAGUAAAAUCCAAAUAGAUGAAUUCAUGGAUGCUUUUGGUAAAGAAUCAGCGAAAAAGCCUACAGGUGAACCACCGAGUAAAAAAGUUAAACAUUCACAGAAUCACAAAUCAAAGAUGACAAGAUCUCAAAACAAUGACAUAAAAAAAGAUAUAGAAUUUACUGUUGAAUUGGGUGGUACCGACAAAUUGCAUGUGAUUUUAUCUUCUAAGACUCCUGUUAAUGAUCCUCCUGAACCAGAAGAAUUAAUUAAAGUUCUAAAUGAUUCAGAAAAUGCACCAUCAUGUGUACGAGAACAUAAUAUCUCUAAACUUCCUCUAGAAAUUGCUGAUGUCCAUUUGAUUUAUCAGUUAAAAGGUGAAGAACUUUCGCGUAAAGUAAAGGAUACUGUUGCAUCGUUGACUAAUUACAACACUAUACUAAAGUGUGAAAUUGAAGACCGCAAGAACGUCUAUUCUAAAUUGCAUGAUUCAAUUCAAUCUCAAAGAGACCUAAUUUAUCAAGCUGAACAAAAGUUACAGGAAUGUCAUAUUAAACUUCAGAAAGUUUGCCAAGUACAGCAAGAGGUCCACAAGCAUCUACAAAAUAUACCGAAUUUUCCACAUUUGCCCGACGUUAAAUGUGGCCAUGCACCUCUUCAGUCGGCUGACGAUUUCUUCACAGCGGACUGA